UGUCACCUGUACAGCGAGCACCGAACCGGGGGAUGGAGCCCGGCACCCAUUGGACAGAACAGAAAGGCGGACACCUACCCCGGAGACCCCGGGCGCGGCGGCGGCAGGCGCGGGCGCGGGCGCGCGCGGCGACCCCGAGCGCCUUUCCCCCGGAGGCCCCGGGCUCUGCGGCGUGGGCGUGACCGUGACCGCGGCCCGGCUCCGGGACACGCCCGUUCGGCCCCGGAGGACCCGAUCCGGUGAGCCCAGCGAGGCGGACGCGGCUCCCGGAACCCCGGCUCAGGCGCGUCCCAGCGCGCGCCGCGACGCGCACCUGCCGCGGCCACCGGGGGGCCGAGGCCGCGGGACCCGGGGCCGCCGCGCUUCCCCGCCGCGCGGGGCCCGGCCAUGGCGCUGGCCGCCGCCGCCGCCGCCGCCGCCGCGGCCGCCGGGGUGAGCCCGGCCGCGGUGCUGGGCUUCCUGCACGAGCGCGGCGGGCAGGUGCGCAGCUCCGAGCUGCUGGGCCGCUUCAAGCCGCUGCUGGACGCCGGCGACCCGCGCGGCCGCGCCGCCCGCCGGGAGCGCUUCAAGCAGCUCGUCAACGACGUGGCGGUGGUGAAGGAGCUCGACGGCGUCAAGUUCGUGGUGCUGAAGAAGAAGCUGCGGCCCCGGGGGGCGCCGGAGCCCCCGCGCCCCGCCGCCUCCAGCGCCCCCAGCGCCCCCGAGCCCAUCUCAUCGGCCGAGACCGCUGCCUCGGGUGCUCCGUCCUCGGCCUCCGAUGACCCAGCCCCGCCAUUGGAGCAACAGGACACCCCCGAGGCUCCUCCGGUCUCCGAAUUCACCCCGCCGACCGGGGAGCUGCGGUUAAACCCCGAGAGCCAGCAGCCCGGAGCCUCCGUGGAGCCGGUCCAGCCCCCCGAGGGCCUCUCUGCAAACGUGGCCCCCCCGGCCCGGGCACCGUCGGAGGAGGAGGCCUCCUUGCACCACGCAGAGCCCCCGAGCCUGGACCCUGAGCCCGGGGCCACGCCAGGGCCGCCGCCGCCGCCGCCGCCCCCGCGGCGCGCGCCCCCCCAGAAGCCCUGCAUGCUGCCGGUGCGCUGCGUCCCCGCCGCGUUCCGCAUCCGCGCCGAGGAGCAGGGCCUGCGCCGCCAGCUGUCGGAGGAACCGGGCCCGCGGGGCUCCCCGCUGCUGCGGCGGCGGCUGUCGGUGGAGGAGUCGGGCCCCCUGGGGCUCGGCCGCUCCCCGCACCUGAGGCGCCUGUCCCGCGCCGGCCCGCGCCUGCUGAGCCCGGACACGGAGGAGGCGCCCCCCGCGCCGCCGCCGCCGGCCGUGCCCCUGGAGCCGGCCGAGCACGAGUGGCUGGUGCGGGCGGCGGGCGGCCGCUGGAGCCACCAGCUGCACGGCCUGCUGCUGCGCGACCGCGGCCUGGCCGCCAAGCCCGACUUCAUGUCCGGCUACACGGCCCUGCACUGGGCCGCCAAGAGCGGCGACCGUGAGAUGGUGCUGCAGCUGGUGCAGGUGUCGGGGCUCGGGGGCGCGCCCGUGGACCUGAACGCGCGCUCCCGCGGCGGCUACACGCCCCUGCACCUGGCCGCGCUGCACGGCCGCGAGGAGGUGGCGGCGCUGCUGGUGGGGCUGGGCGCGCAGGUGGCCGUGCGCGACCACAGCGGGCGGCGCGCGCACCACUACCUGCGGCCGGGCGCCUCGUACGCGCUGCGCCAGCUCCUGGGCGACCCCGGCCUGCGGGGCGCCUCCAAGCCCGGCGGGGCCGGCGGCGGGGCGAACGGCACCCUCGUGGUCCGGCGCCCCGUGCAGGUGGCCGCCACCAUCCUCAGCUCCACCACCAGCGCGUUCCUGGGCGUCCUGGCCGACGACCUGAUGCUCCAGGACCUGGCGCGGGGCCUGCGGAAGUCUGGCUCCUUCAGCAAGUUCCUGGGAGCCUCGCCCUUGGCUCCUCGCAAAAAGACAAAGGCCCGGAGCGGCCUGCCGCCGGCCUUCUCAGAAAUCUCUCGGGGGUCCAUGCCAGGAGGACCUUUCGCUGGUCUCAUGCCCAGCCUGCCCCCCACAACCUGACUGGCGGUCCUGGCGCUGCUGCGGGGAUCCAAUCCGGCCUGCCCCUCAGCCUAAGCUUGCGCAUGACCAAGGCUCCAUCCGGGUUCCAACCUUGUCCGCUACAGUGUUUCCCCCGGUGGGCUUAUGCCUCCAGCUUCUGUCUGUAGCUUGAUCUGCCGUCAGAGAUGGGAUUCAAGGUCUCAGGGAGAGCUUCCCAUGAGAAUGCCAGGACUCAGGCUUACACUUUGGAGGAGACUUGAAAUUUAGGAUCAGAGGUUAAGGGGCCAGCAGCUGGUCUAGUCCCUUCAUGAGUUAACCCAGUGCCUCUGCAUCUAUACACUCCCAAGCCAGGACAGGUUGCAAGGGUCCCUUUAAGUGCUGUGUGAGGUUGGGUGGUGUGUCAGCUGUAAGAUACUGGUGGUUUUGUAAUUUGAUGCUUUUAUCCCAAUUUUUUAAAUUGAAAUGAGGUAAAGCAAUUUUCAUAACCUUUUGAAAUUAUAUUUUUCCAUUUUUAGGCAACAGGCUUAGACAUUUUUGAUCUUUGGUAAAGAUUUUGGAAUUCUAUUUAAAAUGAUUAAAAAUUAUUAUCAAGAUCUAAAGGAAAUGAUUCCCAACCAACAAAAUCCUUAAAUGUUUAUCUACCUCGUUUUAGGCAAUCAAGAGUUCAGAGAAUCUUGAACAUAGAAUAUGACCAUUAAAUGUAAUUAACUUCACUUGUGCUGUGAAUGCUAAACAUUAGGAAGCAAAUGUGUCUUGGGAGUAAAGGUGAUUUACUAACGAGAGAAAAGAGACAUUUGGACAAAUACUUUUAAUUUGUGGUUAUCUUUAUGGUGAAAUAUAAACACGUGUCUUUGGCA